AUGAGUAGCGAAAGCGAUGAUGAGGCUACUGCAAUUUCUAGAGAAGAAGGCGUCCUAUCAUACGAACUUUAUUUCUGGAUUGUUCGCAGUAUCUGCGAGAAAGGAGUCGUCAAAAUCAGCGAUCUGCGAAAGCUGUACCAGACGGCUGUAAACAAAGAUAGGUCCGUUCAAUACAGACCGCUACAAGAUGUGUUGAAAUUAGUGAAUGAGAAUUUGCUUCAUUGGCAGGGAUGGAAAGCAGUUUUGCAAGAUGACCGGCUCACGUAUGUUGACGACAACGGACCGAAGACGUUCAAUGAAGUGCUAGCUAACGAAACUGAAAGAACAUUGGGAGUUCUCAAAAAUGCUCUGAUGUAUGUAUUCAUGGCAACAAAGCCAAGUUCAGCACAUCCUGGAGUUAUACACGAUGAGCUUAUGACCUAUAUGGAAACGUCCAUGUCGACUCAUGCUGAUCACAAACUGACCCAAGAACAUAGGGAGAUUCUCAAAAAACAAAUAUCUCCAAACGUGCGAGCUGAUUUCAUCAGAAAAGGAUAUUUGGCGUUUUCCAAAGCGGUAAAUGAGAAUGAUGAGGAAGUAAUUCGUUAUGAGUGGGGACCGACAGCAUAUCAAAAUGUUGAUCCAAUGGAGCUUGUCCUUCUAUUUCAAAAACUAACUGGAAUGGAUUCGGCGCAACUGGCAGAGCAGACAGAGAGAGCUCGAGAGUUGAAAAAAAAUCAAAUGGAAGCAAUUCAGAAAGGAGCAGUGCUACAAACGAGAGGAAAACAACAUUAA